AUUCUUGUGCUCGUUUAUAGUAACCCCUCUCUCUCUCUCCCCUCUUUGAUUGGGGCUAGGGUUUUAGCGGAUCCCAUUCCGGACACAGUCCACAAGAGAGAACUACGAAGUAGAGCUUCCAAUUCAAGCGGAGCUAAACCCUCAUUGAGGUUCUCUCAGAUUUGUGACAAGCCAUGCCAAAUCCACUUGCAUUCUGCUGCCUGCCAAUCUGUGGGGAAAAGAAAUACUUUAUGUGCAAAUCAUUUUUUAGAGAUUGCUGUUUUCCACUCAGCUGAAGAAAAACCUUAUCUGGUUUUUUCACUGUAAUCUGCGAUGGGGGAUGCAGAAAACAACUUUCAACCUUCGAAAAAGAGAGCUGCUGGAGUACAGCUGUCUCGUGAUAACCCUGAUCUUGAUGACAAUGAAGAUACAUCUGAACAAGAGUCGGGAACUUUUAAAAGAGCCAGCGACGAGGUUCUUGCUACUAGAAGAAUUGUGAGAGUCCGUCGGCAGCAAACAACGCCCACUACCCCAGAUCCAUCUCCUGCUUCUAAUCUGUUUGCGGCUAUCCGCUUGGUUCCUCCUGCUUCAUCUGCUCCUCCAGUAGAGGCAGUGGCAUGUAGUGGUAAGAGUAAGGAAUCUGAGCAGAUUGAUGAGAGCAAAUCCGAGAACAAGGUUGAUGAACCAAAAAGUGAAUCUUUUGCAGAGGAGGAGAAUACUGUUGUCAAUGAUGAAAAUGCCAAGCAAUCUGAAAGCAAGGUUGACGACCCAAAACCCGAACCGAAUGCUCAGAAGGAUAAAAAUGUUGUCAAUGAUGAAAAUGCUAAGCAAUCUGAAAGCAAGGUUGACGACCCGAAACCCGAACCAAAUGCUCAGAAAGAUGAAACUGACAAUGUCAGUGAGCUAGACACAGCUAAAUCUAUGGUUGAUAAGGUAGCAGAAGGUGGAAAUUCUGGGGAUGGAGUGAAAGAAGCUACAACAGCUGAUAACAGUGUGACUGAAGCCAGGAAGCAGGCAGAAGAGGAGGGAAAUGAUGAGGAGAAACAAAAUGCGGAGGCAACUGCUGAGAAGAAUGCAGAACCUGCUCCUUUUAGCUCAUUUCGACAACUAUCAAGUACCCAAAAUGCCUUCUCUGGAUUUGCAGGAACAGGCUUUUCUGGUACCUCAUUCUCAUUUGGAUCAAUUCCCAAAGAUGGUUCUUCUCUAGGGUCUAGUACUUUUGGCCUGAAGAGUGACCAGCCCACUUUUGGUUUUGGUGUUUCUAAUAAUGGGAAUUCUUCUAUUUUUGGUUCCUCGGGCGACAAUAAGGCCAGUAAGAGCGAGGGCAGCAAAUUUCCCCCGAUGCAGGAGGUUCCUGUUGAAACAGGAGAAGAGAAUGAGAAGGCUGUUCUUACUGCUGAUUCUGUGCUUUUUGAGUAUAUUGAUGGAGCGUGGAAGGAACGUGGGAAGGGAGAACUGAAGGUCAAUGUUUCGACAACAGGGACAGGAAAAGCCAGACUCGUUAUGAGGGCUAGAGGAAAUUAUCGGUUAAUCUUGAAUGCUAGUCUAUUUCCGGACAUGAAGCUAACAAAUAUGGACAAGAAAGGCAUCACUUUCGCCUGUGUAAACAGUGCAAGUGAAGGGAAAGAUGGUCUAUCCACAAUUGCCUUAAAAUUCAAGGACGCUUCCAUAGUUGAAGAUUUCCGUGCAGCUGUCAUGGAGCAUAAAGCAAAGCCUCCUGUUGUAGCUCUGAAAACCCCAGAAAAUUCUCCUAAGGCAUCAGAUGAAUGAUAAGCACCUCUGUUCUGUAUAUGGAAUUGCGUUCAUAACGUGAUUAGCGCCUAAACCUCUUUCUCUUCUUUUCAAGCAGACAAAAUAGCAAAGAGAGAGUUUCUGUUGGGAGUCCGAUAACUUUUGAACCCCUCAAUGUAGUUUGUGAGUCAUUUUCCUUCUGUUGUUAAAUCUCUUGUAGACGAUAAAAAGUAUCCCUCAGUGCUUUUCUUCGGCAAUGUAGUUGGGGUUCUGAGUUCUGCUACCUUAUUCCGGGGACACAAAAGUUGAAUACUUGAAGUCUACAGUUGCAUUAAACUGUCCUUUAUAGAACACAACUGUUUUGGUAAUGUACUGCUAUUUCUUAGUUACGAUGCUGUAUAAUUUACCAUUGUUUAAAGCUAUUUUAAACUAUUA